UAUUAUAGAAUAUUAUAUAAUAGUAAUGAAAUUUUCGAGAACUUCGUAUAUAUUUAUUCGCAAUAUUCUAGUUGCGAACGGAUAUUCGUAGGUCAUUAUAACUUUGUAUGCUAUUGAAAUUGUCAACUAUAUUCGUGACAUUCUAUGAAACUUGCAAACAGUUUCUCAGGGUCCGCGAAACAUUCCUCAACUGUAUAUCUAAACUAUGCAAAGAGAAUUAUCUUACUUUUAUACAAGGUAAACAAAAUAUACAGGCAUGGACUUUAUGUCCAUCAUUUUGGAUGUGCAAAAAUUGCACGCCGAUUCGACUUGGAUGAACGGCGAUAUCAAUUAUAAUAAUUUCUUUUAUCCAAAUAUUUGUCACGUUUGCAAAAGUAAAAAUUAUGGUAUUUUGAUAGAAUGUGAUAAGUGUUACAUGAUUUCUUACUGUAGUGAGAAACAUAAACAGAAACAUUUUGAACAACACCAGCAAUUUUGCACAUUUAUAACAAAAUUCUUAAGAGAGAAAGACGGAUUGGGUAAAACGGAAUGGGGUAUUCGUCAUUCAGAAACGCCCGAAUGGAUUGAGUCAAGAAGAAUAUUUUUGGAUGUAAUCACGCAAAGGCUACCACGCAGUCUGGAGACGUACGAAAUAGAAAUGAUCAUUUUCGCAAAAUCAUGUCUUAUUUGUCACCAACAAAUUGAUAUACAUCCCUGUAAAAGAUGCUAUUCCGCCAACUUUUGCCUUAUUCAUAUGGAAGAUUUUUUUAUCAAUCACACAUCAAAAUGCGGACACUUGAUGUUAUGUCGCAAUCUAGAUAUCUUAAAUAUCAUACCUACAGAUUUUAAGCGAUUAAUUGAAUUUCCAUGUGAAGUUAAAUUUGUCUAUCACAUGUAUCAAUUUGUUACCCAUUAUGUGCACUGUCCGUAUAUCGACUUGGACGAUUUUAACCGAAAUCUUACAAAAUUCGCAUAUUUCUGUUCCGAUUAUGUAUCAGGACCAUUCACGUUGUAUAAUGUGAUGAGAAAUGCACAGUUAUUAAAUCUCCCAAAUAUGGCGAGUCCUCAAAUUGUUAUUCACGUAAUAUCAGCAAACUCUAUUGAAAAUAAAUAUAUGAAGGCUUGGGAAUUUCUCCAGCAUGUUAUAGCUGAAAUAAAGGAGCUAACAGUUGUACUGAUAGGAGAAAAAUUAAAAGCUCAAGAUAUAAGUUUGGAAAGUUGUGACAGCUGCAAGUCUCGAAAUCAGAGGACUAAUAUCGUAUGUCGUCCUGGAUCUUACCAAGCGUAUACAACUGAUCCGACGUUUCAGCGACCAAAUGUGAUCAUAAUAUUUCAAGCACAUUUUGAUACAACAAACACCUGGCAAGAAGAUAGCUUAUUAACACCGCAGCGUAUGAACUGUCCAUAUAUUCUAACAGCCGGAUCGCAAUCUAUAGCGGAAGAGAACAUAAGUAACAUUCGAAAGAUUAUAAAUAUAGAUCCUCUAUAUAAUGCACCAAACAUUUUUAAGUCCUUUUAUCCAUGCAGACUGUUGCACACUGACUGUAUAGGUUUUCGUAAUUCGCAUGUAACUGUAUAUCGUAAUUUACAUCCUUCAUAAAAACCAUUUUAAACGAUUUGAAGCUCUCUUAUGUGACUCCCAUAUGACUUGCAUUAUUGUAAAAAAUACAAACAAUAUAUUGCCCUCAUUAUUUAUAAACAUUUUUAUAAUAUAUAAUCUAUUUUUAUGAAUUAUGCAUAUUUUUAAUAAAGAACUUAUUUAACUGCUC